UAAACAAAACAAACCAGAAGGGGAGACAGCGUGGACACCAUAGAAAUGGCUAAAAACACACAAAUACUGGGCUAAAAGACACUUGGAUAACCUUAUGGGGAGUCUAAAGAAAGCAGUCAACACAGGAGGACCAGACAAGCACACUUUAUUAAGCCACUGAGGCUAGAAAAAAGACUCUUUUGUGAGAAAAUUAAUUGAUUUCUGCUGGUAUAAAAUAAAACUGGAAACGACUGGACUCAAGAGACAGCAGAAAAGUUUCAAUUUAGACACAGAGAAUCUGUGCUUGGCAAUGCCUCAGCCAAGCAUAAGUGGAAUGGAUCCUCCUUUCGGGGAUGCCUUUCAGAACCACACUUUUGCUGACCAGGCACUGACCAGCACAGACCUAUUGGCAAGCAGCUCCGAUCCUGACUUUAUGUACGAACUGGACAGAGACAUGACUUGCAGGCAAAGUCCAAGAGGUGACAUCUUUACCGUGGGUGACUGCAAAGAGAUUGAGGGCAUGGACCACCUUGCAGAGGUCCUGGACAGCGAUCCUAUUUACAGCUCGAACUUUGAGCAGUGGGAUACGUACUGGGAGGACUUAACCAAGUAUACUAAGCUCACCAGCUGUGACAUCUGGGGGACGAAAGAGGUGGAUUUCUUGGGGUUGGAUGAUUUCUCCAGCCCCUACCAGGAUGAGGAGGUGAUUGGGAAGACGCCCACCUUGGCACAGCUGAACAGCGAAGAUUCGCAGCCCGUGUGCGACCCCCUCUACCACCCUGACCUACUUGUGAGCCAGAAGCCACACACUCUCAAUCCUUCCGUUAAUGCGAAGAAAACCCCUUGCCGCUUGACGGCCUCGAGUUCGACCUCGGUGAGGAACCUGCUGCCAGAUUACGCGGAUGGCUCCCAGAAGGCCACCAGGCCUGUGCCUUCCAGCACGGAGACCAUCUCCAAGACUCAGACACAGAGCUCCAAGAUGAUAUCCUUUCCCUCGGACUCCAAGGACUACGUCCGGAAAGCGAAGGUCAGGAUUAACGCGGCUCCGCGCAGACCAAUAAUGGACGCAGCUCCCUCGCAGGCAAACAUAACCCUUGAGUCCUCAUUUGUCGAGAACCGUGCUGCAGUCACUAUCGCUGUUACUGCUUCAGUGGUGUCAUCCACUACCAUUGCAAGGGAGAAGAAAGUGGAAAAGCCCAAGGUGGAGGUGGCCCCCAUUCCAGAGAAUGGUAGCUCCCAAGGGACUUCUCGUGAACUGUUUCCUGUGCCUGGAGGAAGUCAGGAGCUGUACCCAGUCAGCACUCUGGGGCCUGAGCCCUCACAGAAGAAAGAGGAAGAGCACAACUAUUCGCUGUUUGUCACAGAGGUCAAACCACCAGCGAGAGUGGAGCCGGAGAUGGAGGAGGAGGAAGAUGAGGAUGAAGCAGACGAGCCGGAUUUGGAGGACGAGGACCAUGAUGAAGGCUUCGGCAGUGAACAUGAGCUCUCCGAGAAUGAGGAGGAGGAAGAGGAGGAGGAGGAGGAGGAGGAAGAAGACUAUGAAGAUGAUAAAGAUGAUGACAUGAGUGAUACCUUCUCUGAGCCAGGCUGCGAUAAUGACCCCGUGGAGGAAGUGAAGGGGGUGACAGCGGGUUUCUCCAGGAAGAGGGGCAAACGGAGGUACUUCUGGGAGUACAGUGAGCAGCUCACCCCUUCCAAGCAGGAGCGCAUGCUGAAGCCCUCCGAGUGGGACAGGGACACGCUCCCCAGCAACAUGUACCAGAAGAACGGCCUUCACCACGGAAAGUACACGGUGAAGAAGUCCCGUCGCACCGACGUGGAGGACCUCACUCCUAACCCCAGGAAGCUGCUGCAGAUUGGGAACGAGCUUCGCAAGCUCAACAAGGUGAUCAGUGACCUGACCCCCGUGAGCGAGCUGCCGCUGACGGCCAGGCCUCGGUCCCGCAAGGAGAAGAACAAGCUGGCCUCCAGGGCAUGCCGACUGAAGAAGAAGGCACAAUAUGAGGCCAAUAAAGUCAAGCUUUGGGGUCUCAAUACAGAAUAUGAUCGUCUCCUCUUUGUGAUUAACGCCAUUAAAGAAGAGAUUGUCAACAGGGUGCAGAGCCUGAAAGAGGACAAGGGAACAAGCAUGAGUGAAAAACUAGACAGACUCAUCAAAGAAACUCUUGUGAGGUCUCCUGUCGCCGGCCAGACGUCCGAGUUUGUGAACCAGAUCCUGGAGAACACAGCUGGGGGGGACCCCACAGGAGGCCUCGUGGGGCUCCGCGUGCCAACGUCUAAGGUGUAGCCAGCCUGUACAGGGCAGGGAGGAAAGCCCAGAUCAGGCAGAAACGUCCACACCUUUUGUGUCACACACUGUAACACCGUUACGUUUUGCAUGUUAAUUUCCAUCAAGGAACACAUCUACAGGCUUACUAUAUUGAUAUUUAUAUAUUCUGAAGUGAACAAAUCAACAAUACAGCAUACAGGAUCUCUGCAUAAUUUGUGUUUUACACCUGCCGUCUGUGAACGUGGCUAGCAAAUGCCAUCUAGGUUCCACCGGUCACAUGUUCCAACACCAGUAGGCAAGGAGAACAGGAAAAAUACCUGCUGCUAGUUUAUACCACCAAACAACAACAAACAGGCAAUCAGCAGCGAUUAGUAUAGGCGUUUACUGUGGUAUUAACAGAACUACUGCGGCAACGCCCAAUUUAACAACCAUUAAAAAAACCAAAAGCUCUCCAUGCUCAAGAAAUGCACUUUGUGCAUAUAGAAGGAGCAUCAAUUUUUAUAGCUGGUUGAGAUCAGCUUAAUGUGGAUGCAGGGUGUGCAAUGCGUAUUGAAAAGGAAAAUGUUGGGAUGUUCUGGAGUUAUCUGGAGUAGAGUUUAAUGUGCUCUGAUUCUUCCCAGAGAGUUCUGGUGCUGUAAGAUUCCAUUAUCCCCUUUCUUUGCUAGCGUAGCGCAGUUUCCAAAGGCCUGGAGGCUGGGAAGGGGUGAUGGAUCCCAUUGCUCUGUGUGUGUGGUAAUGCAUAGGUGUGUAAGCAAGGUGGUAAUGACAGACAUUCUCUUCCAUAUGCUUUGGUUCUGAUCACUUCACAGUUGUGAGCUCUGCCAGUGUAGAGGAGAAAAAGAAUUUGAAAUUCCUAAGUUAAUAUAAAUAGUAAUAUGUAACUUCAUAUGUGUUUGUACAAAGUAAUAUUCAUUGUGCCUUGUAUUUAAGAUGCGAUAUAUAUAAAAAAAUCCCUGAGGUUGGAAAAAGUAUGCUUCUUAAAAAGGAAAGCGUCAGAAAGAUGUAUAGUGGGUGACUUGUGGAUUUGUAAUGUAUUUUAGCUCUUUAAACUAUUUUGAAUGUACAUAGGAACAUGUGGAAAAAUGUAGAUAUAUGCCACAGAGUCUGUGCUUUGUAUCAUAGGAAGGCUCUGAAAAAUAAAAAAAAACAUUUUUUGGUUUUCGGUACUAGACCGGGAAAAAAAAAGAACUAUUUGCACACUAUAUUUUGAUUGUUUUUUGUACCAAAGACGAAUGCAACAAACAUGGCGAAUAGCCAGUUGAAGUAAGGUUUUGCACAGCUUACCUGACACCGUAUUGAAUGUAGGAAACGCAGUAGGGUCAGGGAUAUUCUACGAACUGUGAAUUUUUUGCUUGGGUCCAAUUAUCUACAGAAGGAGCAUUCAUACACACUUUACAUAAGUUUGCUGUUCCUCUUGUUGGCUUCUCAAGUAGAUAAAAUGAUUUAGGAAGUUUCGAGUUUUUUCCUUAAGUAGAUUUCUGCAGUGUGUAUUCUACUGCCUUUUUUAAGGAAAGUAAUAAGAACGUCGGAAAUAUGAAGCAUUUAAAUGUAUAAUUUUAUUUAGCAUGUUUGUAAAAUAUUACCAGAAAUAACCAAAAGGUAUAGUAUUUGUAUAGUUUAUAUAUGUAAGAGAAGAAGAAGAAAUAUAUAUAUAAUACCUAUUCCUAAGUUGCCACUUUUUCAAUUAAUGUAUUGUUGAGCAUGAUAAAUUUCUAAAGAUCUGUAUACUUCAUAUUCAAAGGUUUAAAAAGUAAAAAAAUCUCGAUUUUAUAUAUUUUUGUACAGAUAGGCUUUACCUUUUUGUUGAUGUUGCAGAUUAUUCCAUUUAAAAUCUAUUUAAAGAUAAAGUAAAGCUUUUGCUAUGUGUUUGCACUGUAUAGUAACCUGAGGUUAUCUUCUGUGUUUUGGUAAUAAAAACCAUAAAUUGCUAUAGUUUCCUAGAGGGAGUUAAGAUUAACGGCAUGGGUUAAAUAUUAUUCUGGUUUCUUCGGUCUUUCAGAAAUAUAGAUUUACCUGUAGGAUUGACUGAUCCGUCUUAAUACUGAAUGAGCACCAAAAUGCACUUUUUGAUGUGGGAAACCCACAGCUAGGGAAGUAAAAGUUUGAAAAGAAGGUUGCUUCAUGUACAGUUUUAUAUAUGUGUAUAUAUAUUAUUUGUAUGACAUCUGUACUUAUUGAAGUGGGUUGAGGGCUGUUGUAUUAAUUCUCAGGGGUGUGGCUAUACAUUGUAUUGUCCAGUCCUGUUUUUAUUUUUCUUAACAUUACUUCAUUAUCUAAAAACACCUCUGCAACUACCUUGCACUCUUGUGAGGGUGAGCUGCACUGUUGUCACCAGUAAACUGUGGGAUCUCCAUUCAUUUCCAUAAAAUCUGUUUUUUUUUUUUUUAAAUCCAACUAGCUGUUGUUGACAGGGGUAAUCGUCUGCUAGAAUUAUUAUUUUAUCCAGGCCGCACACAGGUGCACCAGCCUGCACAAGAGGUUUAGCAGACAUAAUGACUAAAACGUGCUGAUCCAUUCUGAUAGCAAUGCCAAGGAAAUUGUUUCUUACCCAGUGCAGGAAACAAAUCUUGAUAUUGGAAACCAUUUUUUCCCCUUACCCAGAACAUAUUUUACUCGGGCACCUACAAAGCAAAAUGAAUGGAAUCGCAAACCAGGACAAAAAAAGUUUUAAAAAUCCCAUUUUGUUAGGAGAAUUUCAGCCUUUCAGCAUAAUGCAAACUAACUGUAGACUUAUGUCUGAGAGCUAACUAGAGAACUAGGGGCUCUGCUAUAGUAGGAUUCAGCAACCGUGAAUUUGAUUUUUUGUUUCUUUUUGAGCUGCGGUCAGUGUAGUCUUGCUUACUUGUCAAAGUAAGGAGAAGUUGGAGGUGACAUUCUCACUAACAAUUCCCAGCUGUGUCAAUCCGUGAUCAGAAUGCCACCUACAGUAUUAGGAUCAUAACAACCUGGAGCAUGUUCCCAAAAGUUGAGGACACCAUUGCAGCACACAAGGACGAUCUAGAAACGUGAUUUAACCUCGCCAGCAGGUUGUUGAAUGUUAGGAGGAAUCCAGAGAACCUGGCCUCACCAGUCAGGAACAUGGCGGAACAUCCAAGCUCCAAACAGGAGGUGCUCCAGUUUGGGAUUAAUGAGCCCAGAGCUGUCCUGACCACCACACCACUGUGUUGUCUACAGCUUCUAAUUGUAAAGAAACAAUAAUGACUAUGCAUUGAAUGCAAAGCGCAGAUGGUCUUAGAACAAGCAUGGCAUUUGCCUUGGUGUUGAAAGGGAACAUACACAUUGGACUGUGUUUAGUACUGUUUUCUUUAUUUCACUGUUUUUCUCUAAUGCUGUUGGCUCGGUCCUUUGCUCUUCCUGCUUACAGUUGAAAAAGCUAAUUCUGUGUAAUAACUGAUUAGAGUCAGAUUCAUUUCCAUAUAGCAUAAGCUCUUUUGGAAGCUCUUGUUUUCUUUUUUUGUCUAAAAAUUUAAUUUUGCACAAAAGUGAUGUGUCAUUUAAGAAGGGAGAGAUGGGUGAGCAGGGGUGCCUUUUGUUAGAAACCAGAAUUCUAUUUAAGCAUGCACAAUACUUUCUUCUUUUUCUUCUGUGUAAUCUAGAUAGCGUAGUCUACACCGUCCAUAAGUUUGUCUUUAUUUCAGUGUUUCACUUUGUAAAUAAAAUAAGCUGAGAUUUACCUUUUUAAAUGUUGAGUUUAUAUAAUGCGUUAAAUCUAUUUGGAAAAAAAAAGAAGAAAGCACUUUGUUGAAAAAAGAGUAAAGAAAAAAGUCUAGCAUUUUUUUUUCUUUUGUAUAUUCCUUCCAUUUGCUGCUAAACCUGGUCUAGUCUGAACGCUGCGACGAUACUUGACUUCAAUAAUACUGGCAGGACAGCUUAGGAGAGAAGUCUAGAGAAGUGGGCAGCCGACCUUUUAUUACAAGGUUAUGUUCCAGUGACUUGGAUGUCAUAAGUCUUUUGCCUUCAGUAGAGUUUUCCUAUGGAAAUCAAGUCUGCUUGGGGUUCUCUUCAGGUUGAUGUACAGUGUAGACACGUCUGUUUUGGACGUCUCCAUGUUAUUGACUGUUUUUAAUUUCUUAUUUUAUUUCAUUUUAUUGAGAAAGAAAAAAAAAGUACAAUGUGUCCAGGAGUAUUUUAAGGAAGCUCUGUCUUGUGAAUGGUUUAAGCUAAAUAAAAAACAAUCUUUGUACUGUAUGUAACGGAGGUUUGUAAGGGAGGGAAACAAUCAGAAGCUCUUUGCCUCCACAACCUCAUUUCCAUUCACAAGUUUACGUAUAAAAUAGUUUUGCUUUGGCUACUUACACAGGCUGCACUGACAACCGAUGCAGUCCGGCCUGUUUGAAAUGCUAAAGCAAUUACAAUUUUGUAAAAACAAAAUACGAUGUAUUUGUCAAGUGUUAACGAAAACGAAUUUGAUUUCAUUAAAGCAUUUGUCAAAUAUUUUUCCCAUGGGCUGUAUGGCAGUAUAAUUAUUGCUAUUUUUCCAGCACCAGUAAAGUGUUCUUGCGGGUUUUCACGUUUAACAUGAUGAACGCAAGCUGUGCAGCUUUACAUUUUAACCAGGGGACUCUGUGGCAUUUAAGCAGUUUAGAAAAUGGUUGUUAAUUCAAUGCCAGUACCUUCUAUUUCUGCUUCCUCUAUUGACCUUAAGAAACAUAUAAAUAUAUAUUCUAAUUUUGUCAAAAAAAAUACAUCCUUAACAGAGAAAACAGGAGAAGUGUAUGUGUUUAUUUUUUUUUAAUUCUUAUUUUGUACUUUUGGCAUGCUUACAGUACAUUGUCCAGUUUGUAGUGUAUAUGAUAAUAAUGCUGACAAUAAAUAGUCUACUGUUGAAGGUGCACUAUGCAGAUUUUACUCUUGUGAGUAAGGCAGUACAUUGCUUUAGUUUUUAACUUUCCAUGUGUAGGAAACAGGAGCUUUUACCUGUUUGCUUUACAGACAUCAAACCUAGUCCUAUGGAUAUUAGUUUGGUCAAUUCUGCAAAUGACCAGCAAGGUCAAGAGACUUUGGCAGGUCUGACUAGACUUUAGUGUGUUUAUUGAGAACUGAAGGCAACUCAAAUUUGUUGGAUGGUUUUUUUUUCCGUAGAUAGCAGUCUCAUAAUACAUGCUUGCAAAAUGUCUUAAUGAUGUUCAGUAAACUUCUGCUUCAAAAGCUUUUUUAACCAGAGGAAUGCUGUAGCUGUAUUUUGGGGGGUGAGGGGCAUUUGUGAACAUAUGGACUCAAAAAUGUGGAUUCUGCAUUAAACGUUUUAUCCAUUUUAAAAUUACAUACACUUCCCAGAUUGAACCACUCUUGUUACAGGAAUCGUGUGAUAGUACUUACGAUGUAGUGUCACCUCUGUCAUUUUUUGUCCUUUGUAUCUCAUCUGUCAGAGGUGUCAGUUUGCCUUAAGAGAUACACGAAGACAGAAUUUGUUCUCAAAAUCAGACAGGUCUUGUGAGCUUUUUCUAUAGCAGUGGCUUUGAAAGCAGGUCCUCCUGAUAGAAAGUUUUUUCUGAACUCUAAGAAUGUAUUAGCCUUGACCCCCAGUCCAUGUGCCCUUAAUUCUGAGUAGGUGUGUUAUAUAGAGUGGCAUUAAAAAUACAAUAAAUUAAUAUCGUGACCAAUACCAUUUGUUGCAUUUUUAAUGGCACUCAGUAUAUUUCAGGAGAUGUAAGUUACAGAAUGCACAUUCAACGAAUAUAGAAGGAUUAAAGAUGGGAUAUCUGAUUUCUGCCAGCACAAGGAGAAGGCCAUUUAUUUUUUUAUUAAAUCAAUAUGAGUCCGUAUGCAUUGUAUUUCUAAAUCCAUUAAUUCAAAUUAAAAGUACAAACACAAUUUACCAGAAUAUAUCCACUGCAUUGCAGUGGGUUUCACAAUUCAAACCUAUUUUUAAUACAACAAAUUAAUGCCUGCUUUAACAGGUGCCUUACUUAAGAGAGAAAAAUGUUCAAGUUUUCUUAUUUGAUUGUUAAAUGUUUGACAUAAAUAUCUGAUUUUGUGAUUAAGCUGAGUUAGCCCAUCAUGCCAAGAAUUUUGGACAGUUUUGAAGGAGUGUGGUGGCUUUCUGUUGAAAUCUGUACUUGGUCUGUUUCAGGUACAGUUUUCACUAAAAGUUGACCCUCCAGCAGAAUGUAGUCUUCCGUGAGAGGAUUGAUACAAAUCAAACUAAAAAUAGCAAAGAUAUGUCCAGUUUAACAAUGGGUAAAGCAAUCCAAAGAGUGCUGAAAUUUUGAUUCACAAUAAUUUAAGCAUUUUUUUCCUCAUUCACGAUUUCUGUAUGUUCUGUGGUUAACUUAUUUUAUUUCUGUAAAACUGAUAUUUUGUAUUUCUUUUGUAUUUAUGGUCUAAAUCUGUAAUUUAUUGCACAGAAGUUUGAAUUUAGAUUAAACGUUUUGCCUUUUGAAUUCCUCUACCACUUUCUUUUCUCUAGUUUUCUUUUGUUCCCCCUCUUUCUUUCCUAAAUCAAGCAAAAAACAAAAACUUGUGUUCUACUUUCCAAAAGGAAUGUUAGUAAGGGGAUGUGGGACUGGGACAAGCAGGGAUGUUGAAAUGAAGUCCUAAUUUACAGAUGCUUUUAAACGUAUCAAAAGGAAGGACAAGGCUAAACCUUUCAUUUUGUGUCCCUUCAAAAAUUAACAUAUAUAUGUGCCUACUGACUCUGCAUUUGACUUUCAGUAAAUACGUUUCCGUAUCAUUUGCUGUCUACAGUUCAAUUUUAAAUACAAAAGCACCUGGCCUUUUGCAGCUGUUCACCAGUGAACAAUAAAGGUUCAAAUGGUAAACGACACAAAACAGGGUAGGCCUGUUGACUUCCGAUUGAAUCUGUAAAUGCUUCUUAAGCAACCCUUUUGGUUCCAGACAUGCAUGGUCUGUCUUUUCACAUUUUCUGCUGUAGUAGUGUUGGGAGGUGUACAGAAACCUCUAUUGAAACAGUCAGCAUCGAUUUAUCAGACCGCGAAACCCAAAACCGUGACCUGAACUGACAUUUUGAACAUUUUUAGUAGUGUUCUGACGUAUAGACUAUCUUGUCAUGAGCACAGCUACGGAAAUGAAAAGUUAAAUCCGAUUAAAAUGCAAAGGGCUUCUUUCAGAGUAAAUGUACUAGAUUAAAAGGUUUUCACUUUACUUUGAUGUGAAAGUGCAAGCAGCGCCACAUCAGUAAAUCAGUGAAUAUGAGAAGUCAUGAAUAUCCCCAGAAAAGUGUUGCUCAGCAGCUUUCUUGAUGAGCAUCUUCACAGAAAGUAGGAUUUCAAGCUGUGAAGUUCAUAAAGCAUUAGCAUGGUGGUAGAUGUGUAAGACCUUAAGCAGCUUGUUGUAAGAUGAUGUCAUAUGAAUUUAGCCUUUUAAUGAGGGUUUAAUAAAGACACGUUACACUGAAGAGCUCAGACAGCUGGUUUUGUACUGUGCUUAAUCUGAUGACGUCCGUUUGGGUCACUCUUGUUGUUUGGCACACAUCUGCUUAUCAGUAAAGUGUCAUCUCUGACCUCUCAGUACCUGACACCAGUGACAUUGUACAGGGACCACCAUACAUGAAACUGAAAUAAAAACUCCUCACAAUACAUGACAUUGUAUUUCUGUACCCGGCAAUGAAUUACAUUUCCUUCCAAACUUUGAACAAAGGAAAGACUGAUAUUUAAGAAUACAAUGAAAGUAAAACCAAAUGUCACAAAAAGGCUAAACUUAAUUCCAUACAACAUUUUAAGACAGGCAAUUGAAGUAAUGUCCUUUUUAAAAAUAAAACGAACCAUGCCCUCACACAGACGCUUUUAACGUUGUAUGGUACGUCACUCCUAGAUGAAUAGCAUGGGGUUUGUUAAUAGGUAGUACUGUUGUGUGUACUUCCCAGGUGUAACUUUGUAUCUCAUUAGGAAGGCUGUACUUCAUUGCUAAAUGCUCUGUAAUAGAACUUUGGUGACAUUUUAAGCAAAUCUGCAGUUGUGUAUCCUGCUGAAACUAACAAUAACUUGAUCCUACUAGUCAUGUCUAUAUCUGUAGCUCACAUAUAUGCCUGUUGAACACAAUAUCUAAACAGUUGUUAUGUUUAUGUUGUUUAAUUGUUGUGCUGUUUUUUUUUCUCGAGGCACAGUUAUCAUUAUUAGAGAAAAAUCACUGGAUAACAAACACCAUGUAUAUGUACAGAAGUAAAUUAGACUGAGUUCGAUCUUAAUCGAUUUUUUUAAAGGAUCCUUUAUAUGCGUAAUUGUGCCUCUUGGUUUUCUCUUUCUUUAUUCUUUUUUUUUUUAAUUUCACCGCAUUGUAUCAGCCCGGAGUUGGUACCACAGUUGCUUGUAACCAUGAUAGUCUAAUUCCAUUAUUGUUUUUAAUACGAAAAUAAAUGUUAGAAACGA